UAACCAUUAUUGCUCUAAUGGCUCCAAUGAGUCUCCCACCUGGUUUUAGGUUUCACCCCACAGAUGAAGAGCUCGUUGCUUACUACUUAGAAAGGAAGAUAACAGGUCGCUCUAUAGAGCUUGACGUAAUAGCUGAAGUUGAUUUAUACAAAUGUGAACCAUGGGAUUUGCCAGAUAAGUCAUUUCUACCAAGCAAGGAUAUGGAGUGGUAUUUCUACAGUCCAAGGGAUAGGAAGUAUCCAAAUGGAUCAAGAACGAACAGGGCAACAAGAGGCGGGUACUGGAAAGCGACUGGAAAGGACAGGGCAGUGCAGUCUCAGAAGAAGGCAGUUGGUAUGAAGAAGACUUUGGUGUAUUACAAAGGAAGAGCUCCACAUGGAAUUAGAACCAACUGGGUCAUGCAUGAGUACCGCUUGAUUGAAUCCCUCCCUGGAACUCCUCACUCCUCUUUCAAGGAUUCCUUUUCAUUGUGUCGGAUUUUCAAAAAGACAAUUCAAGUUCAAGACAAAUCUAAAGAAGAGAAAGAACAUCAAGCAUUACUAGAGGAAGAUCACUCAAGUGGCAUUGAGAUUUCAAGAGAAAUGGAAGCCAUGAAUGAUAAUAAUAACAAUAAUAUAACUCUAAAUAGUAAUGAACAAUAUCCUAAUAAUAAUAAUAAUAAACUCCCUAAUUGUGAUGCUUCAUCUUCUGAUCUCACUCAAGGAACAUGUACACCCACAGAAACCGGUAUAGCAGAUGAUUUUCAUGCCCAAUUUGCUUGUGAUGAAGCAAAUAGUGCCGCUAAUUCUUACUCAAUGGGAAUAGCAUACCCCUCAAACGUUUUUCAGGACAUAGAGAUGUCCAUGUAUGGAAGCAUGCAUAAUUAUCAAUUCCCACAAACGCCUUUGGUGAUGGAAGAUUUUCCACAAAUAGAUUUUGCUGAGACAAAGUCAUUGAAGCCAGAGGUGACUGAAGACUGCAUGUUCUAUGAUAGAUACGGUAGGGAUUGUAUGAAUGGAACACUAGAAGAAAUCAUCUCAUUGUGUUCCUCUCAAGACAACUCUGUGGCUUUGCCCAUGCUAGAAUGAUUAUAUU